UUAUUUUCUGUAUUCCCACCCCUCAGGCAUCUCCGGCGAGAGGUGGCGGAGGGCGAUGGCGAAAUCUCGAAUCAAAGCCUAGACAACUCCAGCUUCCCAUUUCUUCCUCAAUGGCCCAUCAAAUCCAUUCAUUUCUCUUUUCAUCCCUCCUUCUUCCCCUUAUUGCGGUGAUCUCCUUCGCUAUCGUCCGCCUUCCUCACACCUCUGAUCGCGCCCCUACUGAGAUGCAGAUUCCACUACGGAUCACGGGGAGCCAAAACCUAACUAAUAACUACUUGGUAAGAUUCCGAGAGUACAGAAUGACGGAUGACCACCGCGCCUACCUUGAGGAGAACCUCCGGUUUUCUGAGGUAUGGCGGUGGAUCGAGAGGAGAAACCCUGCGUUGUCGUUCCCGACGGACUUUGGUGUUUUGGAGAUCUCGGGGGUGAUUGAAGAGAUCGAGAGGUUGGAAAGGGUUACCGACGUGUUUCCUGAUUCCCGCUUCUCGCGUAGCUUGUUCUUUGAUGGAGGGAAAGACGGCUACUUGACUGAAAAGAAACGGCCGGGGAAGAUCUUCACAUCUAUGUCAUUUGAGGAAGAAGGGAAGAAAGGCCGUGGUUCGUUUGGUAAUGAUUCUUUAAGGUUGGAGCGGAAGCUCAUGAUGGAGAGAUCCCAAGUUACAUCGCUUUUUGGAGCUGAAAAACUAUGGGCUAAAGGGUUCACUGGUGCUAAAGUGAAAAUGGCAAUUUUUGACACUGGUAUUCGUGCAAAUCAUCCCCAUUUUCGGAAUAUCAAGGAGAGGACAAACUGGACAAAUGAGGAUACCUUAAAUGACAACCUUGGGCAUGGUACCUUUGUUGCUGGAGUUAUUGCUGGUGAAGAUGAAGAAUGCCUAGGAUUUGCUCCUGAUGCUGAAAUUUAUGCAUUUCGUGUGUUUACAGAUGCUCAGGUAUCUUACACAUCAUGGUUUCUAGAUGCAUUUAAUUACGCUAUUGCAACCAACAUGGAUGUGCUCAAUUUGAGUAUUGGUGGACCAGAUUACUUGGAUCUUCCCUUUGUGGAGAAGGUGUGGGAGCUCACAGCAAAUAACAUUAUAAUGGUUUCCGCAAUUGGAAAUGAUGGCCCUCUAUAUGGAACGCUUAAUAAUCCGGCUGACCAGAGUGAUGUUAUUGGAGUUGGUGGUAUUGAUUACAGCAAUCAUAUCGCCUCUUUCUCAUCACGGGGCAUGAGUACAUGGGAAAUCCCACAUGGAUAUGGCCGUAUAAAACCUGAUAUUGUUGCUUAUGGCCGGGACAUAAUGGGUUCUAAAAUUACCACUGGCUGCAAGAGCUUAUCUGGCACAAGUGUUGCAAGUCCAGUGGUUGCGGGUGCUGUGUGUUUGCUUGUGAGUGUUAUUCCUGAAGAAGCCCGUAAAGAUCUUCUAAAUCCUGCUAGCAUGAAGCAAGCUCUAGUAGAGGCUGCUACCAAGCUUUCAGGUCCCAAUAUAUAUGAACAAGGUGCAGGAAAACUUGACCUUUGGAGGUCAUAUGAAAUAUUAAAAGAGUACAAGCCACGGGCCACCCUCUUCCCCAGUGUACUCGACUAUGAAGAUUGCCCCUACAUUUGGCCUUUUUGCCGUCAGCCCCUUUAUGUGGGUGCUAUGCCUGUUAUCUUCAAUGCCACUAUUCUUAAUGGCAUGGAUGUGAUUGGCUUUGUGGAGUCUCCACCGACAUGGCACCCUUUUGAUGAAGUCAGCAAUCUACUUAGCAUUCGUUUCACAUAUUCGGAUGUUAUUUGGCCUUGGACUGGGUUUCUGGCACUGCACAUGCAAAUUAAGGAAGAGGGUUCACAGUUUUCAGGUGUCAUUGAGGGCAAUGUGACUGUCAAGAUAUACAGUCCUCCUCAUCGUGGUGAGAAAGAUCGAAGGAUCAGCACAUGCUCCCUUUACCUGAAACUUAUAGUAGCUCCAACACCUCCAAGAUCAAAAAGAGUUCUAUGGGACCAGUUUCACAAUAUAAAGUACCCACCUGGUUAUAUACCAAGAGAUUCUCUAGAUGUUCGCAAUGAUAUUCUUGAUUGGCAUGGUGAUCACCUUCACACAAACUUCCACAUCAUGUUCAACAUGCUCAGAGAUAAUGGAUACUUCGUGGAAAUACUUGGAUCACCCUUCACAUGCUUUGAUGCUAGCCACUAUGGAACAUUGUUAAUGGUGGAUCUUGAAGAUGAGUAUUUCAGAGAAGAGAUUGAGAAACUAAGAGAUGAUGUUGUUAAUGGUGGGCUGGGUCUUGCUGUGUUUUCCGAGUGGUACAAUGUGGACUCAAUGGUGAAGAUGAGGUUUUUUGAUGACAAUACACGAAGUUGGUGGACUCCGGUUACUGGUGGUGCAAAUAUACCUGCCCUUAAUGAGCUUCUGGCCCCAUUUGGGAUUGCUUUUGGUGACAAAAUCUUAAGUGGAGAUUAUUUUAUCAACGGUGAGCAAAGCAAUUAUGCAUCAGGAACUGACAUUGUCAAGUUUCCCGGAGGUGGAUAUGUUCAUAGUUUUGAAUUUCAAGACAAUUCAGAAACUCGCGGAAAACAGAAUUCUGGGAUGACAAAGGAGUCCUCAAUCCUUGGGCUUGCAGAGAUUGGUGCAGGGCGAGUUGUCGUCUAUGGAGAUUCAAAUUGUCUUGAUAGCAGCCACAUGGUAGCCAAUUGUUUUUGGCUUCUCAGGAAGAUAAUGGAUUUUACCAACAGGAAUGUGAAAGAUCCUGUCCUUUUCUCUGAUUCCUCUAGAAUUAGUUUUCCCAUGCAUGAGGAUAACAGCAGGUUACCCUCUCGCAGAACUGAUGUGAACUUCUCUACAUAUUCUAGAGUAGUUGGACGGGAGUUGAUGUGCUACCAAGAUUCUAGAUUUGAGGUUUGGGGAACAAAAGGAUAUGGUGUUCAGCUGAUGGGUAGGAAUAGAAAGUUACCAGGUUAUCAAACUCUGUUGUUAGAUGAAGAUCUCAAUAUUACGAAGAAAGCGACUGGAUCGAAUAAAUUUCGAUAUAACAAAUUAGAAGAAAACUCAUCUGGGUCGGUUGUUCAGAAAGGGUUUAGCAAGAGCAUAGAUUUCUUGGGUUUACUGAACCGUGAUGAGGUUGAUAUUCCAAUAUUGGUUGCAACGCAGUGGAUGAUUCCAGUUUUUGUUGCCAUGACCUGCCUUGUCGCUUACUUGAGCUGGCGAAUGCGACAGAAGCGGCGACGUCGAAGAAAAGGUUCUACAUCAGGCAGGUCGUUAAAUUUAUCGUAGUUCUUACUAUUAUCAAGGACGAAAAUUAUCUUGCAGCCUCGAAUCCUCGAAUCACAUUUUGAGGCCAGUUUAGCAGAAUUAAGGUAUUAUUUUCUUAACUGCUACUGGUAAUGUCAGAGGUUUGAACAAGAGAAGUGAACGCAUCUUAUACUUGGGUAUAAGGUUUUGAACAUUUCUGUCAAGAUAGAAAUGUUUUAUAAGUAAUUCCUGCUUUUAGGAUGUGUUUGUUUGUACUGUUUGUUGUAUAAUGUUACCAAUUAGCAAAUAGCAUGUCUUUUUUUUUUCCAUUAACUGCAAUUCUUAGCAAUUUUGUAGAGGGAAGAGCUGAUUUCUGUUGUCUGCAAUUUUUAGUAAGAAAAUAUAGUGACGAACGUUGGUUUAA